ACUCUUCAGGGUUUUUUUUAACACUAAAUAUUUCCACAAAGUUUAUUCUUUUCUAAUUAUCAUAGUGAGGUUGCUCAAUUGGACACAAUCCCUUAUGUAAUGCCUCCUCUAACUACUGACCCUGGAUUUUAAUUGCUGCUCCUUACUGAUGAUCGCCUGAGAAAGAGGGCAAGGAAAUCACUAAGAAUGCUCACCCUGGCAGAUUUCAUUAGGAAGGAGCCAAAGACAAUCCAUGGAUACCCCAUAGUUUGUGCCUUUUCACAUAACUGGGAGAGAAUAGAGAAGUUCCAAUGGAGGCCAGAUGACAUUGUGAUCGCCACAUACCCCAAAUCUGGUACCACUUGGAUUAGUGAAAUUGUGGAUAUGAUUCAAAAUGAUGGUGACAUAGAAAAAUGUAGUCGAAAUGCCAUUACCGAAAAAGUUCCAAUGUUGGAAAUGUUUGUCCCAGGACUGAGGGUUACAGGCACAGAGGCAUUAGAAAAGAUGCCAUCACCCCGCCUUAUCAAGACCCAUCUGCCACCUGAUCUCAUUCCCAAGAAUUUCUGGAAAAACAACUGCAAGAUAAUUUACAUGGCAAGAAAUGCCAAAGAUGUUGCAGUUUCAUAUUAUCAUUUUGACUUGAUGAAUAAGUUAGAGCCUUACCCAAACUCCUGGGCAGAGUACCUGGAGAAAUACAUGUCUGGGAAAGUGUCCUAUGGUUCCUGGUUUGCCCAUGUGAAGAGCUGGUGGGAUAUAAAGGAAAAUCAUCCUAUGCUUUAUCUGUUCUAUGAAGAUAUGAAAAAGAAUCCUAAGAACGAAAUUGAGAAGGUGAUGCAGUUCCUGGGGAAGAAUCUAGAUGAAGAAGUCUUGAAAAAGAUCAUCCAUCAUACCUCAUUUGAAAUGAUGAAAAACAAUCCCUUGUUGAAUUUUACAAAUAUAUCAAGUAAAAUAAUGGAUCACGAUGUCUCCCCUCACAUACGGAAGGGGACUGUUGGUGACUGGAAGAAUUACUUCACGGUGGCCCAAAAUGAAGUGUUUGAUAAACUGUAUGAGAAGGAAAUGGCCAGAACCACACUAAAGUUCUGUACAGAGAUCUAAGAGUCUCAUCAAUAAUAGGAUCCUGAUUGCUGCCCCACCAACCCUGAACUCACAGAAAUCAUCAAUCAUGGGUCUCAGGAGAACAAUGAGCAGUCCAGUAUGUUCUGGAACCACAUCACCAGGUAACCAUGUGAUGGCUAUCACAAAACAUAACACAGAAAUCAACCAAUAAAAAGAAGCACCAACAGGAUACGGACCAAGACAUUGGACUGCAAACCUCAAUAAAUUUUCCCCUGACACAGCACCUGUGCCACUCUGCUUCUUCACUGUCCUUGGAUGAACCUAUGCUAAUUGUAAUAUCAUUACCAUACAUUAAUAAUCUCUAAGUGAGCUUUUCUGUAUGCAUUCUGGUAACCCCAUGCAUAGUUUUGGACUUCCCUGUUAGCAAACUCCUCCUAAAACCUCAAUAUUUAUAUCUCUUGUGAUGUAAUCAGCACUAUUCAAUAAAAAUCCUCAUAUCUCAUA